GGUGGACAUGAGUGAUGUCUCCAGACAGCCUUCGCUCUUUUACCAUCUUGGGGUCCGAGAAAGCUUUGACAUGGCCAAUAAUGUGAUCCUUUACCACGACACCGAUGCUGACACUGCUCUUUCAUUGAAGGAUAUGGUAACUCAGAAAAACAUAGCAUCCAGUGGAAAUUAUUAUUUCAUCCCGUACAUCGUGACACCAUGUGCUGAUUAUUUCUGCUGCGAGAGUGAUGCCCAGAGGCGUGCCUCGGAAUACAUGCAGCCCAACUGGGACACCAUCCUGGGCCCGCUGUGCGUGCCCCUGGUGGACAGGUUUAUCAGCCUCCUCAAGGACAUCCACGUGACCUCGUGUGCUUAUUACAAAGAAGCCUUGUUAAACGACAUCCGGAGAGCCCGAGAGAAAUGCCAGGGUGAUGAACUGGCGAAGGAGCUGGCUCGGAUCAAGCUCCGCAUGGACAACACCGAGGUUCUGACCCCAGACAUCAUCAUUAAUUUACUGCUAUCCUACCGCGACAUCCAGGACUAUGAUGCUAUGGUGAAGCUAGUAGAAACACUAAAAAUGCUGCCUACGUGUGACUUGGCCGAUCAGCAUAAUAUUAAAUUCCAUUAUGCAUUUGCACUGAACAGGAGAAACAGUGCGGGUGACCGUGAGAAGGCUCUGCAGGUCAUGCUCCAGGUUCUGCAGAGUUGUGACCACCCGGCCCCCGACAUGUUCUGCCUGUGUGGGAGGAUCUACAAGGACAUCUUCUUGGAUUCGGACUGCAAAGAUGGCACCAGCCGAGACCGCGCCAUUGAGUGGUAUCGCAGAGGAUUUGCGCUCCAGUCAUCUCUCUAUUCAGGAAUUAACCUGGCAAUUUUGCUGAUGGUUGCGGGACAGCAAUUUGAAACUUCCAUGGAACUAAGGAAAAUAGGUGUCCGGCUAAACAGUUUAUUGGGAAGAAAAGGGAGCUUGGAGAAAAUGAACAAUUACUGGGAUGUGGGUCAGUUCUUCAACGUCAGCAUGUUGGCCAAUGAUGUCGGGAAGGCUGUCCAGGCGGCAGAGAGGUUGUUCAAACUGAAACCUCCAGUCUGGUACCUCCGAUCAUUAGUUCAGAACUUGUUAUUAAUUCAGCGCUUCAGGAAACCCAUUAUUGAACAUUCACCCAGGCAAGAACGGCUUAACUUCUGGCUAGAUAUAAUAUUUGAGGCAACAAAUGAAGUUGCUAAUGGACUCAGAUUUCCAGUGCUGGUGAUAGAACCAACCAAAGUCUACCAGCCUUCAUAUGUUUCUAUAAACAGUGACGCUGAGGAGAAGACGGUUUUCCUGUGGCAUGUCUCACCCACAGAAAUGAAACAAAUUCAUGAAUGGAACUUUACAGCUUCUUCCAUUAGGGGAAUAAGCAUAUCAAAGUUUGAUGAACGGUGUUGUUUUCUUUAUGUCCAUGAUAAUUCUGAUGACUUUCAAAUCUACUUCUCCACUGAAGACCAGUGUAGUAGGUUUUGCGCUUUGGUCAAAGAGAUGAUAAGCAACACAAUGGGUAGUACAGUGGAGCUGGAGGGGGAAACCGAUGGGGACACCUUAGAGUAUGAGUAUGACCGCAAUGCCAACGGCGAUAGGGUCGUGCUGGGGAAAGGCACGUACGGGAUCGUGUAUGCCGGAAGAGACCUGAGCAACCAAGUGCGAAUAGCCAUCAAGGAAAUCCCAGAGAGAGACAGCAGGUACUCGCAGCCCCUGCAUGAGGAGAUAGCUCUGCAUAAGUACCUCAAGCACCGCAAUAUCGUUCAGUACCUGGGCUCUGUCUCCGAGGAUGGCUACAUUAAGAUAUUUAUGGAGCAGGUGCCUGGGGGAAGCCUUUCUGCUCUUUUGCGAUCAAAAUGGGGGCCAAUGAAGGAGCCCACCAUCAAGUUUUACACCAAGCAGAUCCUGGAAGGCCUUAAGUAUCUCCACGAAAACCAGAUUGUGCACAGAGACAUCAAGGGUGACAACGUUCUGGUGAAUACCUACAGUGGAGUGGUGAAAAUCUCUGAUUUUGGAACCUCCAAGCGUCUUGCAGGAGUGAAUCCGUGCACCGAGACUUUUGCUGGCACUCUGCAGUACAUGGCACCUGAGAUCAUCGAUCAAGGACCUCGCGGGUACGGCGCCCCGGCGGAUAUCUGGUCCCUGGGCUGCACCAUCAUUGAGAUGGCCACCAGCAGGCCUCCGUUCGAUGAGCUCGGUGAACCGCAGGCAGCAAUGUUCAAAGUGGGGAUGUUUAAGAUCCACCCUGAGAUUCCAGGAGCCCUUUCAGCUGACGCCAGAGCAUUCAUUUUAUCCUGUUUUGAGCCUGAGCCCCACAAACGUGCCACUGCUGCCGAGCUGCUCAAAGAGGGUUUCUUAAGGCAGGUGAACAAGGGCAAGAAGAACCGAAUUGCUUUCAAGCCAGCAGAGGGUACCCGGGGCGCCACCCUGGCCCUGCCCACGUCUGGGGAGCCCAUGGGCGGCAGCAGCAGUGACCACGGCUCUGGCUCCCCGGACUCUGAUGCACAGAUGGAUGCGUUCUUCGAGAAGGCCCGGGCACCCAAGCACCGGCUCAGCCCCCUGCAUAGCGUUCCAGAGGAGAGCGCAGCCUCCUCCCCGGAGGACAGGGACCCGGGCCUCUUCCUGCUGCGCAAAGACAGUGAGUGCCGCGCCAUGCUGUACAAAAUCCUCUGGGAGGAGCAGAACCAGGUGGCUUCCAACCUGCAGGAGUGCGUGGUCCAGACUUCAGAAGACUUGCAUCUCUCAGCCGGCCACAUCAAGCAAAUAAUUGGGAUCCUGAGGGACUUCAUCCGCUCCCCGGAGCACAGAGUGAUGGCAUCCACGAUAUCAAAGCUAAAGAUGGACCUGGACUUUGACAGCUCGUCCAUCAAUCAGAUUCAUCUGGUACUGUUUGGAUUUCAGGAUGCUGUGAAUAAAGUUUUGAGGAACCAUUUAAUUAGGCCCCACUGGAUGUUUGCGAUGGACACCAUCAUCCGGCGAGCGGUGCAGGCUGCGGUCAGCAUUCUCAUCCCGGAGCUCCGAGCCCACUUCGAGCCCACGUCAGAGACCGAAGGGGAGGAGAAGGACCCAGAUGAGGUGGAGGACGACUCUCCCCCCGCAGACCUGCCUGGGAGUGAAGGGCACGCGGCAUACCGAGGGAGCAGCCCCCCGUCAGCGGGCGCCCCAGAGCCACAGCCCCAGCAGCUCCACCACCGGCACCUGAGCCUCCAGCUGGGCCAGCUCAGGCAAGAAACCAACAGACUUUUGGAACACCUAGUUCAGAAAGAGAGAGAGUACCAGAAUCUUCUACGGCAAACCCUAGAGCAGAAAACUCAAGAAUUAUAUCAUCUUCAGUUACAGUUCAAAUCUAAUGAUACUCCAGAGAACCCAGCAUCCCCACCCGGGUCUCAUGGGCAGAAAACAGAUAAAGAGCUUGUAGACUGGUUACAAGAGAAAGGAGCAGAUGCGAGUACAAUAGAAAAGAUUGUUGAAGAGGGUUACACACUUUCUGAUAUUCUAAAUGAUAUCACUAAGGAAGAUCUAAGACACCUUAGACUACGUGGCGGUCUCCUCUGCAGGCUCUGGACAGCAGUCUCCCAGUACAGAAGAAAGGCUCAGGGGUCCCUGGCCUCCCAAGAUGAGGCUGAAACUGUCGGCUAAGCCAGGGAAUAGAGGG